UACUCCUGCCAACCGUAUCACCGCGCAGGAGGAAGCGUGCAUCUGGGCUCGUAAUAGUGCGGGAUGUAAACAUUAAUGGCGUCCUCCUCGCUUCAGCUGCAACGGUAGCCAGUUAGCUCAGUGGUGCUAGAAGCAUCAAACUAUUAGUUAGAAUAUUAAUUGUUAGUUUGGUAGCGGAUGGACAAGCAAGUAUGGGUCGACAAUGUGCAUUUCCCAACUGCAGAAAUCGACAGAAAACUUGGUCUGCGGUUAGUUUCCACAAGCUACCGUUAAAUGAACCGAGCCGCUACAAGCUAUGGCUCCGUGCUCUAGAUAUAGACCCAAACACUCCGAGGAAUAUCCUCCAGCGUCGUUGUAUAUAUGUAUGCAGCGACCAUUUUUCGCCCGAUGACUUGGUCCACUAUAAAAGCAGUACCCAUCCGAAGCCCACUGCCAUUCCUGUCAACAGUCAUACCGCGGACCAGACCGCUGGUGGAAGCGCUAACAUGACCACAUCACCGCUGCAUGACACCGGGGCAGCAGACAUUCAAGAAAACACACCAGAGGCGACAGGCUCUGCAACCAGGGAGAAACCAGCUCUGCAGCACAUUGUUGAUGAGGAGGCCAUCCUGCAGCUGAUAAAGGACUGCCCAAUGUGCGACAGAAGGUGCCGCUGUACCAAAUUCACUCGUGGCCCUUACUUCAUAGUCUACCAGAGCUGUUACUUUUGCAAUUAUCAACGCAAGUGGGCCAGCCAGCCAGAAGCUAGAGAUCUAAACAUUCAUAAGGCACAAGUAACACCCAAGAGGAAACAGCAGCCAAAGGACAAGGCGUCUGGAAAUGCCAAAGCUGCAUCAUCAAAGCUUGUUAAGACACGCACUUCCUCAGUCUCAGAGUCUCAGGACCCAGUAAAGACCAAAGGAGUCCCGUGUCAACUCUGUCUUGACCAUGACUGACUUACAUGAGUCUGAAAUUGGGCAUGAUCACAGUUUCAGAUGUGCCUUAUGGUGGAUCAUUGUCAUGCAGUUGUAGAUGCUUGAUGAUGAUGACAUACAAUUCUGUAAAGCUGUCUGUGGAUAUGAAGCUUCAGUCCAAAGUAAUAAUGUUUAUAUUGCUAACAAGGGACACAUUUAGAGCAGAGUAGUAGUAAGCUCGCUAGUAGGAAGAAAUACUACACCAGAAAUAUGCUAAGAUGCCAUUGUGUUGUGGAAAAAGAACAUUUGAA